AUAUUUAUGUUUAGCUGACAUAUUUCACUUUUCAAGUCUGGAAAGGGGUCAUUCGAGCCGCAUAUGCGACGCGAAGAAACUCUGAACGAGUUUGCUUCCGUAUUAGGGGGCGUUAUCUAAUAACUGCUACACAUAUCUGCCUAAAAGGGAAAUGACUUAAAAUGAGGAAGUUUCUUAAUUUCGGGAAAUCCCACACACAAAUAGUAUUUUGCAACAACAGUAGCAUCGUAAUAAUGUCUUAGUAUUUGGGUUUGUAAGCGGGAUCUUUAUUAACGUUGGUCUUCAAAGCGAUAAAAGUGGUGUAAAGUUUGAGAACCGGCCUGACUGUUAUGGUUCAACAUGAGCAACCCUGUAACAUCUGAAACAUUAAUUCGGAAGCUGAAACACUCUGUUCUUAAAAAUCUAUCUGAUUUCCUGGACCCACACGAUGAGUGGAAGACUGUCCUGAUGGAUAUACAGAAACCGACGGGGGAGCCAAGGUACACUCAGUUGCACGUCAGGAGAUUUCAAAGGUUGGUGGCCCAAGGUAAAAGUCCUACAGUGGAGCUGCUGUUUGACUGGGGAACCACAGACAGCACUGUAGGUGAACUAUUUGAGAUCCUUAACAGACACAAGUUGUUUGCACCUGCAAGAAUACUUUUACCAGAUAUAGUUACAAACUGCACAAACUGGAGAGCAGAAACUGAUCUUCCCACUGCAUACUGUAAGAAUGAGACUCAGCCACUGACCACAGUAGCUGUAGAGCGAGAAGCACCUUCUACAGCACCUGAUAGUAGUACAGGACCAGAGGAGAAUCGGGAACCUACAGAUGAAGGAUUCUACACCUUCACGUUUCAUGAACUGACACAGAUCACAAAGAGCUGGGAUGACCGUCCAGUGUCAGCAGGGGGCAGCAGACUGGGUGAGGGAGGGUUCGGAACUGUCUUCAAGGGGCUCCUCAACAGCACACCUGUAGCAGUGAAAAAACUUAAUUUAGUAGAUGACAUGUCUCCUGAGGACCUGAAGACUCAGUUCAUUCAAGAGAUUCAAACGUUGAAAAGGUUACAACACAAAAAUCUGGUAAAUAUGGUUGGUUAUUCCAGUGAUGGCCAGCACUCGUGUUUAGUUUAUGCUUACAUGUCUAACGGCUCAUUACUGGAUCGACUAGCAUGUUUGGAGGGCAGUACUGCUCUCCCAUGGCAGGUGAGGUGUGCCGUAGCCCUGGGCACAGCCAGGGGCCUGGAAUAUCUUCACCACCAGAACCACAUACAUCGAGAUGUAAAAAGUGGGAAUAUCUUGUUGGAUGAAGACUUCAUUCCGAAGAUUUCAGAUUUUGGUUUAACACGUGCCUCAUCUAAGCGCUCGUGCACGACAGUAAUAACUGAAAGAAUUGUGGGUACAACAGCUUAUAUGGCACCAGAGGCUCUAAGAGGAGAGAUCACACCUAAAUCAGAUGUCUUCAGCUUUGGAGUGGUGCUGCUGGAAAUAUUGUCUGGACUUCCUCCAGUUGAUGAAAACCGGGAUCCAAAGCUUCUGAUGGAGAUGAAGGAUGAGAUAGACGAUGAAGAGAUUACACUGCAGGAGUUUAUAGAUAACAAAAUGGAGGGUUGGGAUAUGGACUGUGUGGAGAAGAUGUACAGUGUGGCCAGCAGGUGUCUGAGUGAAAGGAAGAACAGAAGGCCUCUGCUGAAGGAGGUACUCACUGAACUAGAGGAUUUUAUUUAGACCCAACCAGUGGAACUACGAGACACAACUUGUACUUGUGUGAAGUGUAUAAUUAGGAAUCAAAAUGUAUGUAAAUAUUUUUGCACAUUUAAAAAAUGUUUAGUUAAUCCAUACUUCCCUAUUAAAGAAUGUUUACAUCAUCAUA